AUUAAAACUGCGGCCACACUGAACGGUACACCCACCACUGACUGACUGAAAAGAAAAAAAAAAAAGAUUGCGACAAAAUCAUUUCCAAGCAAAAUGUCUCGACAAGCCUCCCGAUUAGACGCAAAGAAAGUGAACUCGGAGUUCCUCACGCUCACCUAUGGCGCCUUGGUCACCCAGAUGCUGCGCGACUUUGAGAACGUGGACGAUGUGAACAAACAGCUGGAGCGCAUCGGCUACAACAUGGGCAUGCGUCUAAUCGAGGACUUUCUGGCUCGCACCUCAUCACCCCGCUGCCUGGAGCUGCGUGAGACAGCGGAUCGCAUUCAACAGGCGUUCCGCAUCUACUUGAAUGUGCAGCCCACAAUCUCAAAUUGGUCGCCAGCCUCCGAUGAAUUCUCGCUCCUCUUCGACUCCAAUCCGUUGACAGAGUUCGUUGAGCUGCCCGCCGAUUUGGCAAAUUUGCGCUACAGCGCCAUACUCAGUGGCUGCAUACGUGGUGCUCUCGAAAUGGUUCAGCUGGAGGUGCAAUGUUGGUUUGUCCAGGAUCAGCUGAAGGGCGACAAUGUGACGGAGUUGCGUGUUAAGUUCGUGCGACGUCUAGAGGAAGCCAUACCAGCUGGCGAGGAUUAGAACGAGAAGACAAAGAGAAGAGAUAGUUUGUUUUUUUUUAAAUGUUGUUCGUGAUGUUAGGGCGUACAAAACAAAUUGUGAGAAAGAAAAAACAAAAAAAAUAACAGCAGCAGCAGCAUAAAACAACAAUUAGAAAACAACAAGUGUUUAGUUUGUAUUUUUAUUCGACUUUAUACAAAUUCCAAUAUUAUAUAGAAUAUAUAUAGAUAUUAUAUAAACAUAAAGCAUUAAAAACAAAAACAUUGUGUUACAAAUUGUUUAAGCAUUAGACGAAAGCAGUUUUUGAUGUAUUCAAAUUAAUCAUUUUUUAUUAUGAUACCCGAUACCCAGAGGCUGAAACUUCUAUUGCGUCCGUCUGUCUGUCCCGUUUGCACAAACACAAAUAUCCCAGGGACUUUAAGAAUUAAAGCUUCGAUUUUUGAUAUGCAGCUCAAGUUUUCAAAAUGCAAACGUUUACCAUUGGAUUAUAUAAAUAUUUUGUAUUAUAAAAUGUUUUUCUUUGCAUGGGUAGCGGGUUUCUUUACUCGAUUAUCUUGGCUGUUAUUAUCAUGUAUUAUACUUUUUGUUAA